AUCAGUGACAGGGGUAGAGUGCAGUUCCUCUUAAUUCUUCAAAAAUCAAAAAAUGAAAUAUAGCGGGAACACAUCCUUACAUCUCUCUCUCUCUCUCUCUCCCUCUGAUUUUUUUUUUUACUUUCCCUACGCUUUCUACAAUAUCUGAACCAGAUUAGAAUUCCAUUAAAAUCCGCUUCAAAUCUCCUCGGCUUCUUCUUUUGGUGUUUCUCCUCUUCUCUACAAAACAACACAGCCAUGGCGAGAACCAAACACCUAGCCCUACGCAAACAAAGUCGCCCACCAAGUCGCCCUACAGCCACACGUUCUGCUGCAGCAGCUGCAUCUUCAGCGCCUCAGUCGACGCCUACAAGAACAAGUCAGAGGACUGCACCUUCAACUCCGGGGCGGACGCAAAAGAAGAAGACUCGUUACAGGCCAGGGACAGUUGCGCUUCGAGAAAUUAGGCGCUUUCAGAAGACAUGGGAUCUUCUUAUUCCAGCUGCUCCUUUCAUCAGACUUGUUAAAGAAAUUAGUCACUUUUUUGCACCAGAGGUAACUCGCUGGCAAGCUGAGGCUUUAAUAGCUCUUCAGGAGGUACUACAACUUCUAAGAAUAAUAAAUGGAUCUGUUAGCUGGUAUUUGGAUCAUUGCAUUUAAGUUAUCUGUAGGAACCAUGUGUCCAUGAAGAGGACAGGGAAAGAGAUUCACGAAUAUACUUGCCCUCAUAAAUCAUCUAGUAGUUUUAUAUCAACAACAUAUUUAGCUUGGAAUAGUCUCUGCUCCAUAUACCUAUUAAAAAUAUUUUAAUGUAUUUUAGAAAAAUUUUACUCUUAAUUCAGAGUGUGCUUAGUAAUCUCCUCUAAAAGAAUUCUUCAAGUUCUAGAAAGUUACAUCAGUUCCUUAACAAAAUAAAGCAUGUGCAAUUGUGUGGUCAGGUAGUGACUGAGUUAUGAGAAGGGCCAAUCUAUUAUCAAAGCGAUGUUCUUCUUUUUGUUAGCACUUUAGCAUACAGCAAUUGAUAGGCAACCAAAGAUGGGCAAGGCCAACUAGUUAGCUAAGGAGGUUGGAGUUUCUGGAAUAUUAUUGUACUUGGAGAUUUCUAGUACAAGCUUUUGCUCCAUGAAGGUUUUUCUACUUUGAUUAUGGUUGUGUAUUUUUCCUUUAUGAAUCCUGCUCAACUAAGUCACUUUCUUUACAAACUGCAAAAUACUAUUAAGGUUUAUUAAUCAGGCAAGUUGAAAAUAAGCACUACUUAUCUGUUGGGUUUAGCUUAGCUAAGCUAAUGUCCUGAAUGGUACUACCCACAAAUAAAGUUGCUACUUGACUUAUUUGGCUUCUUAUGUGAAAAUGUUCUACUUGAGAGGGGGCGUAUAUUAGUUCAAAGUCUCAUUGAUUUCUAUUGGCUUUUUUUUUGUUGUCAUGAAUUUCGGUAGUUAUAUAUGCAUCAAUAUACGACUGAUCUUGCAGUGACAACUUGGCACCUUCUCCUUCCAUGAAGCUAGUCAAUUCUGACACAGGUUGUCGCUAGCGUGGAAUACCUUAUUUUCUAAGUUUCCCAGCAAAAAAUGAGGCAUUGGGGAGAAAGGGCUUUCUUAGUGGUUAUGCCCUUUGGCUUCCUUUAAUAUUCCCUUGAAUUCUUUCUGCUAUAACCAAAAGUCCUGUGUGCUCUAUCCAUUUCUGACUGCAUGUAUCUAUAAGUGUAAUUGCUAUUAAUACAUGGAUGUAAUUUCUCCAUUUUAGACAAUGACAUUCUGAUGUCCAGUAGAAACAGGUGGACUAAAAGGAUUUGUCGUGCUGUGAUUAUUAAUGAAAGCAGUUAGGAUUGGGCAUCAACAUAGUAAGUCCUUUAAGGUGGUAGGGCACUGUAAAGGACACAGCCAUCGCUCGUUGUGGUUGCCUAAGCAUCUGUCUUAGUACAUCUCUCUGCAAGCAUACACUUGGGCUUUCCUAUGAGAUUUUGUUUGAAUCUGAAGAGCAUCAAUGAUCUUAUGAAUUCAUGUACUUCAUAGGACCCUAGCAAUGUUUCUGAAAUCCAUUGUCCUCUCCUCUCAGAAGCAGUGGUCGAAUAACAGAGAGAUAUCAUAGAGGAACAGUCAGCAGCAGAAACAUGAAGUGUCUAUUCAAUGUCUAAAUUCGUAUAUUUAGUGUUGAUAUGAACUAUUAUUCAUCUUGCAAGCCGUAGCCAUCUGGUGUAAAGUUUAGAGUGAAAGAAUUUUAUCCCAUUCUUCAUGCAACUCCCCUCAUGUCGGAGCAUUGUAAUCAUGUUCAAACACUGCCUAUUCUGUCAGGCAAUUUGUCUUUACUUGCGUGGACAGUGUAGUAAUAGUCCUAUGAUCCUUGGAAAGCAUACCUUUCUGUGGAUUUUUUUCAUUAUUUAAUGCAUCAUUAAAAAUUGCCAAAUGUAGAUGUGUGUACAAAGUAAGAAAGUCUAUGAAUGCAUAGAUUCUUAUCCGGUCAACAUUAUGCUUUUCAGCCUUCGCUUGUAAAAGUACCUUUUUUAUGCUAAAAUAUAAUUUUUUUGCUUCCUGUAAUAUAUGUCAUAACGAAUACUCUUUCUUAAUCACUAUC